AUGUCCCAGUUCAUUAUCGUCGAUAAUGGAUCAUAUAAUAUAAAGUCCGGGUACUCCACUUUCGAGGAGCCAAUGAUACAAUCUAAUUCCAUAACGAAAACCAAAGAUGGAUCGAUCUAUAUAAGUAACGAUUACCGUAACACCAACAAUCAUAGUGGAAUAAUAUUCAAAAGACCUCACGAUCAAGGUAAUUUAGUAUCAUGGGAAACUGAAAAAUUAGUAUGGGACUAUGCUUUCAAUGAAAUAUCCACUCAAUAUAUUACACUGUCAAAAACAAGCAAAUCUAAAUCAAAAACCAUGGAUUUUUCAUCAGAUUCUGAAAUAGACUUCAAAUCUUUGGGGUUAAUCUUGACAGAAACUCCAUUUCAACUACCUCAGUUAUCCAUUAACACUGAUCAAAUAGUAUUUGAAGAAUUUGAAUUCCAAAAUUAUUAUCGUUGUAUACCCCAGUCUUUGGUGCCUUGGACUUUAGAUACAGACAUAGAAAAUGAUUUCAAUUUAAUCAUUGAUUGUGGAUUUAAUGCUACCUGGAUUAUUCCUGUUAUAUAUAAAUCAGUUUACUGGAAGGGAGUAAAGAAACUUCCUAUAGGAGGUAAACUUUUGAAUGGGUUAUUACGAGAAUUUAUAUCUUUCAGACAUUAUGACAUUAAUGAAGAUCCCAUAUUGAUCAAUACUAUUAAAGAAUCGACGUGUUUCAUGGCAGCAAAUUUCAAUGAAGCUUUAAAAACUAAAGAAGCUAACUACUGUCAGUUUAUAUUACCUGAUUUCAAAACCACUACUACGGGUUAUGUCAAGAAAAAUGAUGGAAAACCUCUUCAAGAUAAUGGAGAUUUACAGAGUCUAAAUUUAGUUGACGAGAGGUUCGUUAUACCAGAAUCAUUAUAUCAUCCGGAAAUCAUAUUUGACAAUUCUCCUAAUAAUAACUCCAUUAUUCAUUCAACUUCAUUCAAGAAUUUAUCAGAUUUAGUCAUAGAGUCUAUAAUGUCAUCCCCAGAGAUCGCACGUCCAUUAUUAUCACAAAACAUUUCUAUUGUUGGAGGAACAUCCUUAUUACCCAAUUUCAGUGAAAGAUUGAAAACGGAAAUCUCAAAAGAGUUACCCCAAGAUUGGAAGAUUAAAAUUUUACAUAAUGACUAUAGAAAUGAUUUAACCAAUUGGUAUGGAGGUUUGAUAUUAUCGCAAUCAGAUAUUAUUGAUAACAUUACUAUCUCAAAACAAGAUUAUUAUGAACAUGGGUCUAAUUGGUGUCAGAAACAAUUUGGGUUUAAAAAUAUAUAA